AAUGACUCUCGGACGGGAGCCGGCUCUUAUCGUUCACUUAAAAGAGCCGGCUCUUUGAACCGGCUCGUUUUUGACGAAACAUUACUAACCGGAACCGGAUGUUGGAAAAUUCAACAUAGCAAACAUAAACUACGGAAGUGAUAGAAGCUGUUACUCCGGUAACCGUGUUACAGGUGUCCGCCGGUUGAACGCCUGGAUGAGAGACAUUCCGUUCAACUAGUAACCAAGGAUACUAAACAUCCGCUAACAUGAAUCCAUCCAAUCCGUUUGGUAGUCCACAAGGAGGAGCUUUCCAAGCCCCCAGCAACAUGAUGAAGAAUGGUGGUUUGUUCCCGUCAUUUGGACAGCAGCAAGCUUCCAGCAAUCAGCCCCAACCUAUGGGCUUCUUCCAACAAUCAGCGUUUGGACAGCCGUCUGUCUUAAAUCAGCCCCCUACCAUGUUUGGACAGAACCCUGCCUUUGGACAGUCGUCCACACAGCCCCCCUCGCUGCCUACAAUAAGUCAAGCUCCAGCAUUUGGACAGCAGUCGAUAGUGAUGAAUAGCUCAGGCUUUGGUGGUGGCAGCACCGCUCCAGCUUUUGGACAGACUGCUGCACCGAACCAGAGUUCAGUCUUUGGCCAGACGCCUUCAUUCGGGCAGCCGUCUGCAUUUGGGCAGGGACCAGGAUUUGGCCAGCAGCCACCGGGAUAUGUCAAACAGCCACCAGGGUUUGGCCAACAGCCCCCUGGGUUUGGAAACUCCCAGAUGGCUACUGGCCCUACCGCUGCCUUAGGGCAACCUCAGCCACUCGGUUUUGGACAGCCAUCAUCAUCUACUAGUGUCACCACCAGUGUAUUUGGUAGCCCAGCUCCGAGUGUGACCCAGAGCAGAGGAUUUGGAUCAUCCAAAUACAGUUUUAAGCCGGCCAAUGAGGCACUGUUCAAGCCCAUCUUCAAUGCCAGCCCUGAGCCCGCUAACCCUCAAACUACUUCAAUGUCCAGCUCCCCCUUUGGCAGCAGUGGGUCCCAGACAAUCGCCAGCUCCAUGAGUAGCAGCAGCAGCAGCACCACCACCACCACCACUGGCUUCCCUCUGUCGACUGGAGCUAAGUCUGGGCAGCUGGGUUUCAGCUUCUCACAGCCAGCCGCAGCCCCCUCUAUCUCUUCUGGAAACAAUCCACUAACAACUGGCAAUAGCAACGCUCCUACCAACACACUGCAGUUCACCUUUUCCCAGCCAGCUGCUCCCUCCAGCUCCAGCACUAAGGCCUCUACCACCGAGCCCACCACCCCAUCAUCCUUCAGCUUUUCAGCCCAAACCCUCCAGCCCCAGCCAACACCCCUUUUUGGAGGAACCAAUUUUGGUCAGGCUUCAGCUUUUGGUGACACUAAAGCAGAGACUAGUACAGAGGAAAAAGGGCGCAACCUUGAGGGUCCUGGAGAGACAAGUAUAUUUGCACGACUUGGCAAAGUCACCAAGCGCAAGGAAGAUCCAACGGUCCCCGGCGUUGUUCUCGAGAAGCCUGCUACAGCAGAGCAGGAGGAGGAUGUUCCAGCAGAAUCAGAUUCACCAAGACCUUCAAAGAGGCCCCUGAUGAGGUCCCGCGGCCCACCACCAGGCUUAUUUGGCAGGGCGUUAAGUGGUCUUCGUAGAGAAGGUACUAACCCAGUGAGGCGAGAGGCCACAAAGGAGACCCAGCAGCAAGCAUCGAAGUGGGACAUGACAGAGAAAAAAGACUUUCAAGCUCAGGGUGAAGACCUACCUACUGCCACACCACCCACAGCACCCACAGCACAAACUCUGACCCGGGAUGUGCUGGAAAAAUUUGAAGCGUCAGACUCAGCACAAGCCCCAGACUCGACCCUCGGCCUCACAACCCCUAUGAAACGUGGCGUACGCAGGGAGAGCUCGGACAGCCUGGGCGGCAUGUCGCCCAGCGACCUCACCGUCAUCCAGUGCAACAAUGUGCCUCCAGCUCUCAACAGGAAGGACGUGAUCCUGAAGCACUUUUGUCGAUUCGGCAAAGUCCAGAAGGUCUUAUGCCGGCCUGCCAAGAACAUGGUCAUAGUACAUUUUGAUGAUCAUGCAUCAGCGGCAAAGGCAAAGAAGAAAGGCAAACACCUGCGUAGACACGAACUCCUUCUCUUGUGGCAGAGAAAGAAGCAGAGCCCAGGAGACAAAAGGAGCAGAGCUGCAACAGAAAAGGACGAGGCAGAGGGAGAAAGUCCGGAGGACACAGAGUCCAAGGCGGCUUCCUCCCCACUCCGAAAACGUGAAUCCAGAGCUCCCGCAGUCAGCAGCAUGAUGACCUCCAGCCACGGUCCUCUGAUGAAGAAGACUCUGCAGUUCGACACUGAACAGAAAAAGAGCAGCACAGAGGCCCAGAGCUCAGAGCGCCAAGUCCCCUCCUCCCUCCUUUACAACAUUGGCCAGGCGUCUGAGAACGCUGAGGACAGGUACCAACUCCUGGACCAGAAGGACAAGAGCCUGCGUAAAGAUCGACCCAAGAGGACGGACCUGGACCUGUCUAAGGUGUUUGUGGGGACGUGUCCUGACAUGUGUCCAGAGAAGGAGAGGUACAUGAGGGAAACACGGAAACAGCUGAGCGUAUUCGAGGUCAUCCCAGAUACUGAGAUGGUGGAUCACUCAGCAGCCAUCAAGGAAUACAGUCGCUCAUCAGCCGACCAGGAAGAGCCCUUACCCCACGAGCUGCGCCCCCUGCCUGUGCUCAGCAUGACCAUGGACUAUCUGGUGACUCAGAUCAUGGACAAGGGCCACGACAAAUACCGGGACUGGUAUGACUUUGUCUGGAACAGGACCCGCGGCAUCCGCAAGGACAUCACCCAGCAGCACCUGUGCUGCCCACACACGGUGUCGCUGAUUGAGAAGUGCACACGCUUCCACGUGCACUGCGCUCACCACCUCUGCGAGGAGCCUUUGUCGGCUUUCGACGCCAAGAUCAACAACGAGAACAUGACAAAGUGCCUCCAGAGUCUCAAAGAGAUGUACCAGGACCUGGCCAUGCGUCAAAUCUACUGCCCCCUGGAGGCAGAGUUUCGCCAGUACAGCGUGCUGCUGAAACUCAACGAUGGUGACAUCCUGCGUGAAGUGCAGCAAUUCCGCGACGAGGUGCGCAAUUCCCCUGAAGUGAAGUUUGCCGUGCAUGUGUUCGCUGCACUCGACAACAACAACUUUGUGCGCUUCUUCAAGCUGGUGAAAAGAGCCUCCUACCUCGCCAGCUGCCUCCUACAUGGAUACUUCAACCAGGUCAGAGCUAAGGCCUUGAAGCUCUUGAGCAUAGCCCACACCGUGGGUCCACGAUCGACUGCGUUUCCAGUUGAGGACAUCGUUCGGAUAUUAAUGUUCCCAAACACUGAAGAGGCAACUGACUUCAUCCAGCAGUAUGGCCUGGCUGUCAGCGAUGGAGUGGUAGAGCUGAAUCGGGUAGCGUAUCAGGAGCCAGAUAUGCCUCUGUCCCAGAAGAAGUCAGAUGUCAUCCUUGCAAAGAAAACAGUGUUGAUUGGAGAGGUGGUGAGCGGAGGCCCCCUCCCCAGCCCACUCCAGCACACCCCUGUCUGCAGCUUUGACUCCCAGAGUAGGUCCUAUAGAGCAGGCCCUCUGGCUGAGCCCACUCCAAGCCAGAUUAAAGCUGUUGCCGCCAAGGUGGAGGUUAAGGCACCACCCAGCGUUGAUUUGCUGUCACAGGUCGUCCCGCGUAUGCCCAGUGAACCGGAUCACAGCCCGGCUCCCCCGGCAGAGGCCCAGCAGAUGUUCCAGCCGAUAUUUGAACCUCAGCCUGUCAAACAGCCAUCACCUCCACCCAAACCUCAGCCGGUGUACAGCAACGAGGACAUUAUGGCCGAACUAGACUGUGUGAUUGAAGAGGUGGUUGGAGCAGCAGUGAGGGAGGUAGCCGACGCUGGUGCCUGCUAUGCCGCAACAGCUCUUUCGGAGAGCAGCGUACAGGUGGAGUCUCUGGUGAGCGACGUGCUGGGACAGAUGCUGCAGGAGAUGUCCUCCACCGAGAUCCAACUGGAGCAGGAGCGUGUCGCUGACGAGAAACGCAAGCUUGAAGAUGCCAGGAGGAGGCAGGAGCACGAGGCCUUCCUGGUUCAGUUCAGCUUCUCUCUCUGCACAGAGCUCGUCUACGAAGUUUUAGAUGAGACCAUCAAGGAGACCGCCACCUCUGAGAUCCAACAAGCAGUGAAUGAGAAAGCAAACCGUGUCGCUAAAUGCACAGAGGAGGUCUGUACCAGUCUAGUUGAGGAGACUUUGAUUGCAGACAUUGCUCUGUUGGUUGAAGAUCUCCUUGAAGCUGAGCUGCAGUGCAUCCACAAGUACAUCAAAAGGUGGCGUGAUGUGGUUGCAGUACGUCGGCAGCUGAAGAGACAGAUGAGAGGUUUCCCUGCAGCUCCUUGCUGUGUGGACCCUCGGUUCAAACUCAAGGCUCUGGCUCCCAGUGCCCCUGUACGGCCUUCCAUGGAAGACCUGGCACGUGGUCUGGUCAAUCUGGGAAACGCCGGCACCCUGGCCCUCUCCAGCACAAGGGUGUUGAAAAUGAGACAAGAAGCGAUCCACCAGAUGAGAGUCCAUUCCUACUAUAAGCGACUGCUCGAUGAGACCGUGUGGGCGCCACUCGACCUGCCAACACUGGUGACAGAAAAUAUCCCCAACCCACCUGACCAAAUCUUCUGGAAAGCUGUUCUCCUCCUACCGAGCGACCACGAGAGCGUAGCCAGCCUGGCAGACAGGAUCCUGUCAGACUGGCUGGAGGUGAAGCUUGGUGGAGACAAGGAGUCAGAGGUGAGCGAGGAGCAGCUAGAUGGCACACUGCAGACCCUCUGUGUCACCAACACACUCCAGGAUAAAGGACGACGCACUCACAAAGUCCACAUCAGCAUCAAGGCGUCCCGAGGCCCCCUGAAUGAAGAUGACCUGUCCAAAACGGAGGAGUGCUGCGAGCUCCAGGGAGCAGGAGCUCUGAUCGUGUUGCUCCCCGCCAUGCCCAUCGUCGAGCCCAGCCUGGACGAGCAGGAUGUACCUCUGCUGUCAGCCCUGCUUCAGCUCAAACAGCUACAGCAGGCCAGCACCUGGCACUGCCCGCUGCCUCUGGCCAUUCUGGUGCCAGGGCCUGAGUGUGAUACACAGACACUUGAAGAAGCCCUGAUGCUGGAAACACUGGUCCAGGAAGGCCUGAUAUCGGAGUACACAUUCUUCUUCAUACCAGAGACCACAAGUGACCUACAGGGAUCCAAACAGCUAAGCCAGGCUACACGUUGGCUGCUGGCCCGUGCUCCACCACCCACCCCACUCUCCUGUCAGACCCUGGUGCAGCUCGUAGAGUCCGGUUUGAGUCGCGAGUUCAGUCCCAGAGUUUACGCCCACCGGCAGGACCGGGCCGCUGCAUGUCUUCCUUCCCAGGACCCCGUGCCUGUCAUCCAGCUGUACAACGCCAUCCUGGCUCACAUUGCUGACAAAGUGGUGUCCCAGGAUCUCAGCAAACUCUCGUGGCCGCCAGGCGAGUUCUGCCUGCCUGAUACCCGUGACUUUGUCCCUCAUCUUGGCUGGAACUCUGUCGAGCACCUGGCCUGGUUAAGCAAUGGCAUCCUCAGCCUGCAGCUGCCCGAGUGGGAGCAGCUAUCUGUCACAGAGUCGUGGUCUGAGCUCUGCUCCUCCAUCUUUCGCUACGCUGCUCAGAUCCCAGUCUCAGACCGCAGUCAGCCUCUCCUAAUGUCACGGCUGGAAAACCUUCUGGAAAGGGUCAGGCUCAAGGGUCACCAUAUCCGAACCCUUGGAUCCAAGGUAACCAUGAGCAACUUGGGCGACGGGGACGAGAAUGUGUGUCCAGCCUUCAGUGAAAUUCCUUGGGACGACAUGCUGGAGAUUUGCAUAGACCACAAGCUGAAAGACUGGCAUAUCCCUGGACCACCUGUCUGGGAAGAUGCUGUGACGGAUGAUGGGGAGAUCCUGGUUUACCUCCCCACAGAGUCAAUGAAGGGUUUCCAGCCACCUGAGGAAUGGACGCAGGCCACCAGACAAACCCACAGAGAGAAGCAGCAAGAGAGGGAAGGGGCGGGCGCAGCUGCUUGUGCCACGCCCAGCAGUCUGUCCGUCAGACAGAAGUUGUUCCACAGUCUGGUGGAGCCUCUCGAGGCCCCGACAGCCCCACUGGACAUCACGCACACUCCCUCAGCACCAGAGCUCCUGGCCGACAAACUCCUCCGGAGCAUAGAGGAGGAGAAGGCUGAAAGCAAAAGGAGCAUGGAGCAGCUUCAGCGUUGGCUGGAUGGAGAACCCGUGGUGCACUUGUCCACACCGCUUUUCCUUCCAUCCUCCACUCUGUUGUCCAUGCCCACAAUGAUGAUGCAUGCAACCACAGCCAAGACUGUCACACAGGUGCCAGAGCCUGAUGAUCUGUCAGACAAAGCAGACCGGCCUAAAACCCCGCGCGUAUCUAUGGCUUGGCGUCUGGAGGAACUCGAGAAACAGAUUUUGGCGAGUCAUGAGGAAGAACUGGCCUGCAGACUGAAGCUGAGUGGUCUGCUGAGCAUUGUUGAUGAUUGAUGAACUGUUGCAGGAAAAUUAAAACAAAUGACUCUGCGGAUAUGAAAAUAUUUGAAAACUGAGGACAAAUAAAACUUCUGCCUGCAGCGAUUUUUUUAAUUUUUUGUGCUGAGCUCAUUGCAGUCUGUGGCGUACGGAGUUCAAUAUGUUGUGAAUUUCUCAUCUUUUAGUCUGUUGAGGACAGAUUCACUGAUGCAACAGUGUGUGUUUUAUAUCUUGUUUGUAUUAAUGUCUGGGUUUAUAUAAGAGUAAAAGAAAAUCAAGAUCUCUACUCUUGAUUUUGUAACAUAGAUUUUGCAUUUAUAACUUGAUGCGUGUGUUUAAGUCUAAUCCCGUGUCUAUCAUGCUGUUGGUUUUAGCAUAAAUCUGAUGAGAUGCUUUUUCCCAAAGUGUGUUAAAAUCUCUGAAAAUGCUGCUUUUCUUGUCGGUCUUUAACACACCUUGUAGUACUUGGAUAAUAAUACUUGAGAGGCCAUGUGUACACUUGUUUUUGUAAUGUAGAGUUAUGACAUUGUCAGAUGAAUAAAAGUGUUGUUUUUCAAA